AUGUCCUGGAGUCCGGAUGGCAGGUUUUUGGCCGGCGGGCUUGAGAUCGGUGCACUCUGCCUGUGGGACCCGUACACGGGGAUAGAAAAACAGCGGUGGUCUCUGAAAUUCGAUGAUUUCAUGAUGCAAGAAUUUGCGACGAUUGCGGGUGCGCAGUUUGUCGGUGACAGAUUGAUUUUUCGGAUACUUGAGGGAACGGUUGAGGUAUAUGACUUAGAUACGAACUUCAAAAAGCAAUUUACUCGGGGACCUAAUGAUAAGAUUAGCAGAUGUCCUCGCGGAGAAAUGGCUUGCUCGAGCGAUUUCAAGAUUCUCAUCGUUCCCGAUGUUGACCGAACCUUACGUUUCUGGACGCUGUAG